AGGCCUUAGUUGCAACUUUGUAGCCGUCUAGCUGAAGAUGUCAAACCUACAGCUAGUGGUGUUCACCGUUUUUUCGGUUCUACUUGCGGUUAAAUGUGAUGAUGGUCCUUCGAGUGGUGAUUCUAAGAAAACCCUUCACAAGGACUGUGUGAACUCUUAUACGCCCACGUGUCUGAAGUUGGAUAUUGUGUCUUGGGUCGACAGGUUGAACGAAAACGACGAUGUGGACGUGGUGCCAGGAGUAUCAGUGGUGCGCGAAAACGGAAGUGAGCGAGUGAACACAGCGGAUAUAGUUGCGGAACUAGCCAGGGACUUCCCCAACGACGCGGACGCACGUUUGGACGCGUUUUUGAUGAAAAAAGUUACGGGGUACCUGAACAGUCAUUCUGUGCGUUUGAACCUUUGGAACCAGAACCAGAUGGUGGAGACUGGCAGACAAAAGAACGGGGGAGGAGGAGGUGGCAAUAAGAAUGGUGGAGGUGGUGGUGGUAACGGAGGGAUGAUGUUGGCUGCAGGAGCGAUGAUGAAGGGUACCCUGCUGGCGUUAGCUCUGGGUGGAUUGGCGGCCAUAGCUGGGAAGGCGUUGAUGACUGGUAUGAUUUCGUUGUUGUUGUCUGCGAUUAUUGGGCUGAAGUCGUUGACGCAUGGACAUAAGUCUACGACGUAUGAGAUUGUGGCGAAGCCUAUCUAUAGUCAUUCCAAUACACACUCAGUUUCGCAUGAUGAAGGUCAUGGAAGUUAUGGUCAUUCUGGAUACAGUAGGAGUUAUGACAUGCCACUGCCUUUAGGGCUGCAAACGGAUUAUCAACCAAAAUGAGGACGCCUGCUUAGAUCUACCAAAUAUUAAUUUAUUGUAACUUAUUGUACCAAGCAUUACUUUUUAUUUAAAAUAUAGAUUUUCACCUU